GUCUGGACCGAGGAUGCUGCUGGCACAAUCUUCCGAGAGGUGCGUGGUGUUUUCAAGCCAGGUCGCUUGCUCCCGGUCGCGGAAUCUCCGCAAAGGCUGAUGGCACACCAAUGCUACCAUCAGACCGAACCGUGGACGGGCGAACGGCUGCUUCUUGUGGGUUUUACCAUUUCCGAUGCCUUGCAGCUUGAGUCAACCCAUCUUGCCACAUUGCGCGACUUAGGUUUUGUCUUGCCCGCUUCCUCUCACCUAAAGGGGGGGGAUGCACUCGACGAAGACGGACAAGAACCACCUCUUAGCACCCCUCGAGAUGCAGCCGCAUCCGGGGCCCCAGCCGACCUUAGCACCCCCUCGGGAGGGUCCACCCGAGUGGCCCACGUUAGCACCCCGACGGAGGGGCCCACUCCGUCGGCUUCACCUAGUGCCAUGUCACCACUUGAGCAAACCCUUCAAGAAGGCGUGGAGGAGGCCGAUGACUCUGGAGAUUUUGACCCGAACACAUCGCGAUGCCGGGGCCCGCCGAUUAAAUGCAGGCACACUCAGUGGCGAGACUUGGUGGAUGGGUUUGGGUUAUGCUCGCCAGGCCGCUGGCGUCCCUUGGCCAGGAAUGCGUUGGCAAGCUCUGGAGAAUGGGAUCAUGCGGGUAAGAUUCGAAAGGUUCUCGCAGAGGCAGUUCAUCAGGCUAUUCUCGAUCUGAGGAAGGCUGCUUUUGCACUUGCAACAGGCCGUCUGAUCAAGUCACCUUUCAGCGAAAAGCUGAUCAAUGAUGUGAGGGCUCGGAUGGCUGCGACUUUACCUGAUCCUGAACAGGCUUUGUGUAAACCUGAUGGGCAGCCCUUCAUGCUGCACAUGCUUUCGCAGUCACUUAAGAUCUUGGGUGACCCGGACUACGAGAUACUUGAUCAGGGCAACGAAAGUUUUGCUGAAGGGGUACCCCUGGGGUGGGACAAGCCGAUUGCCAGAACGCCUCAGGUCUUCCCAAAGCGUACUCACUUCAGGAAGCUCGACGAAAGCGACUUUGACCCUUCGAUGGUCAAUUAUCGCUCCGCGGAGAUAAAUGCAGCACAGCUUGAAGAAAAGUUCAGACAGGAUGAACAGGCCGGAAUGAUGUUGUGUACUACUGAACCAGAGGCUCGGCGGAAGUACGGCUCCGAAGCCGUGCUCAUCGCCGCAAUGGGUGCAGUGACUAAAGCUAAUGGUGAUGUCAGACCGCUGCAUGACGGAACACACGGCAUCAACUUGAACAGCAGUAUUGUCAUCUUGGACAAGCUACAGGUCCCUGGGCCAGAGGACUUGCAGGAGGUUGCUUCGAGGGUGAAGGAAAGCAAGGAGGCGCCGUGUUCGCUAUGUGCAGACAUCAGCCACGCGCAUCGCAACGUAAAGGUGCGAGAAUGCGACUGGCCACGUUUGGCAUGCAAGUCAUCCAGUGCUUCGCGCGUCUUAUGGCUCAACAAGGUUGGGACGUUUGGCGUGAGUUCCGCCGCCUACUACUGGACGCGCCUAUUUGGCGCAGUAGGGCGGUGGGCCUUUCGCGUGUUGCAUUUGGACAAGUUUUACAUGCUUGUGUACGUUGAUGAUCUUCACGUGGUGGUGUAUGGCAGUGACAAGUUUGAAACCCUUUGGAUCCUUUUUCUUGCGCUGGAAAUCAUGGGCACUCCUUUUUCUUUCCAUAAGUUUAAAGGGGGCGUGAAUGUCGAUUACAUCGGGUAUCAUCUUUGCUACUACACUUGGUCAGCAGGCAUCUCAGAGAAACGUGCAACUUGGAUCAUUGAAUGGAUCAACCAAGCUGAACAGGCACAAUGGAUGGUGACCGGGCGCCAGCUCACCGAGUUCAUUGGGCGGUUGAAUUUCGUGACUCGUUUGCUUGCUUGGCUGAAACCUUUCUUGGCACCGCUCUUUGCUUGGCUUUCAGGACAGAUGCUAAGUGCGAGACCGGCCGGGUCGUGCUGGGUGGAUGGCCGUGUGCGGACGCUGUCGCUGGGUAAUGUGCGCAGACAUGGCAACAGCAGCCAGCAUGCGCGUGCGGCCAAGCAGGCUGGCUUUGAUGGAGUGGACGACGACGAGGAUGCCGCGCCAAGCUUGGAAAACUUUACAAAGGUGCUGCAAGCGCGUUUGGAAGGUCGGCCUCUUUGCAGCAAGGUCGAGGGCAUGGGCUCUUGGAAGAUUGGCAAAAUGACGUUCUGCUUGGCCGAGGCAGCCCGUGAGAAGACACGACAGGAAAUUCGAGAAGCCGAGUCCAUAGCGCUCAAGAUGGACUCACGCGAAGGAGUUUUGUUGCUGAGGUAUACCUGCUGCGACCAGAGCCUGACGAUCAGCAGGGGCAUGGUGGGUUUCAAAUUCAUACCAGAAAGAGAGACGUCAUCUGCUUUGGUGGCCGGUGUCCGUCGUGUGCUGGAGGAUCUGUGCACCAGCGGCACUGACGGCCAACUGGACGUGGCUUUGGUCAAUCACUUCUGCGAGAAAGUGGAGGUCGUCUGUGCUGACAAGGCUUCCAACGAACAAGUUGCUGGUCGCAUGUGCCGGACCGGGCCGUCUGCUAUGUUUCCGAAUGCCAAGGUUGUCAACCACGACUCGAGCCAUGCAAUGCAACGGCCGGCCCUGUCCAAUCUAGGGGUGUUGAAACGCCCUUGGGCGGCGGUGGAGCCGAUCCAGCGUGUCAUCGAGGAGUGGGUCACCGGCGCGAACUCUGUCAGCCAGAUGAUUGAGCACAGCAAUGCCCUGGCUAGCGUUUAUCGCAGCUAUGUGCAAAAGUUGGAGGGAUUGCCGAUCAAUGCCAGGCGGAUCAAGGACCUCCGUGCUGCAAAGCACAGAUUUGCCUCGCUGCAGAAACCUUUAGGACGUGCGGUUCUGACAUUCGACGCGAUGCUCUCUACGAUAUUGUGGGCUGCUGCGCAUCGCAGCGGUGCCGAGCGAGACAGGUGCAUGUCCUGCCUCGCAUCCUUGUCUGAGGAAGGCCUGAUACUAUUGGCGAUGUCUGCGGACAUUGCGGACGAGAAUAUCAGGGUCCUCCGUUUGUGCGACCAAGAGGAAUUCGACGCCGCGGAGUUCCCUCAGGAGCUGGGCUGUCUCAUCGACCGGCUGCAUUUCCUUGUGAACAAGGGCGGUGUGCUUUCUCAAGGAUACACGCAGUACAUGAUCGAUUACUUGCAAGAUCAGCGUGGUUUCUUGCUCAAGAAUGAGGCGAGAACCCUUGGUGGAGAAGAUCGUGUGAACGCACAGAUGCUGGCAGGCUGCUGUAAUAUCUUCAAGGCAUAUGUCCGCCUUGCUGUGCAUACAGUGGAGCAGGAGUUUCCAUGCCACGAUGUGCUGAGUGCCAUGUCUGUCUUGAACAUCCGCGAGAAGCGCAAGAAUGAGGACACUUUGGAGCACCUCAUGUGGACGGAGCACCGCCAGGCCAGCUUGGAACGAUUGGCGCAGGUCUGCCGCAAGGAUCCGCAAGCUUUGCGGGAUCAGUUUAUGGAUCUCGAGCCUAUCGCACGCUACGAGGUUGCCACGAACCAUUGCAGCAGCUUCGAGGGUUGGCGGGCAGCCGUGCUUCGCUGCCGUGCUAGCAAGCCACAGGUGCGACAGCGCCACAAAACAGACGUGAUUUUGCCCGUCCUGAUCAAAUACGGCUGCUUCUGUGGGCUUUCAGCGUCAGGUGUGGAACAAAGCUUUUCGAAGUUGCAGCGCUUUCAGCCCAAGGAGCGAAAGUGCAUGCUACCCACUACAGCGGAAGACGAAGCGUCCCUGAUGCUCCUGCACGACUGCUCCGUGCACCAGUGGCUGUCGCAGCGCGGGCGGCAGAUCUGGCUUGACAACUUCGGCAAGCCCCGUGCCAGCUGCGCGACGCGCAUCGACCGUGGGGUUCCGAAGCGCAAGGAUCCUCAGUCCGAGAAGGCUUUCAUAAAGAGACGCCGGGUGGAGGUCGACAAAGGCGCUCUGCCCGUGGAUCCAGCAGAGGUGCUGCAGGCUGCUCAGAAUGGCUGCUGGGUCAGCCAGGCUGUUUUGGAGGAAGAAGGUUGGCAAGUGAGUGAGAAGUACGACAACAAAGUCAUGGCCUACUUGGACGGAGCUCUUCUCGAGUCCGAAGUGGACUUGGCUUUGGUAGAGACGGCUGUCGCUUUAAGAACGCAUCAAGCAGGUCUCGAUGCCGGGCGAGUAGCACGCGAGAAUGCCAUCGUGCAGCAGCUCCGGCCAAAGAAAGUGAACGUGCAAGCUGGCACCUUCUACGUUGCAGAUGCAGGGUGGGUGGCCGAGCACGGCCUCAGCAACUCCCGCGCCACUGUGACUCUUGCUGAGGCCUCGCAUUACGUGGUUGCGGACCCCGGGAACCCGGGUAUGCCGGUGUUGUUUGCUGCAGCGCUUCAGGGAGGGAUGUUAUGCAAUGUCGAAUAUGCACGAACCAAGGGCAAUUCUGGGGUGGCCUUUGCGUUCGAUGCUGCCCUACUAGUGAAGCGCUUCAUUUUUCUUUCAACAGCAUUCCUGCAGUCGGAGUCGCAGGUUGCUCAGGUGGUCGUGGAUGCAGUCCGCAGUAGACAGUCCAAAUGGUCGCAAAUUCAUGCAUUGGACGAGUUUGUGGACAGAAGUUUGCGUUUCCGUGGGCAGAAGAAGAACUUUCUGUGCGUGGGGCUCUUCGCUGAUAGCGAGGAGCAGAAGAUAGCAGAGGAGCCCAACAUGUUCACGAAGAAAGG